ACAGAAUAUUCAACAGACGGACGCCUGAAACACCAACACAAGAGGAUUUCACAGAGAGAGACUGAAGCCGGAGCUUUGACCAGCUGAAAGAAGGGCUGACUGACGAGAGAACGUCUGCAGAACAUUGACAGAACAUCAGGCUGAAGGAUUCUGUUUGGACUGACGCUCCACCACCGCCUCCCCUCAUUGGUUCUCCAGCCCAGCCGAUCGCUAGCUGAUUGGUUCUCUAGAGGAAAAUGGCCGUGAGCUCACCGAAAGACAAGUAUCGAGGCGUGUGGUUGAUCUUCUUCAUGCUGGGUUUAGGGACGCUGCUGCCGUGGAACUUCUUCAUGACCGCCACUAUGUACUUCACCAGCCGUCUGAAGGACUCCUCACUGGAUGUUUCUUCAGCCAAUCAGACAGAGGCAGCAGGUGAACAGCGUAGCGUUCUGGAGGCCAUGUUCAACAACGUGAUGACGCUCUGUGCGAUGCUGCCGCUGCUGCUCUGCACCUGCCUCAACUCCUUCCUGCAUUCACUUGUUCCUCAGCGUGUGCGGGUGAUGGGCAGUCUGCUCGUCAUCAUGUUCAUCUUCAUCGUCACCGCCGUCCUCGUCAAAGUUCCUCUGGAGCCGCUGCCCUUCUUCUCCGUUACCAUGGUGAAGAUUGUCAUCAUCAACUCCUUCGGCGCCGUGCUGCAGGGCAGUCUUUUCGGGAUGGCCGGGUUGCUGCCGGCUUCCUACACGACUCCCAUCAUGAGCGGUCAGGGACUGGCUGGAACCUUCGCGGCCUUCGCCAUGAUCUGCGCCAUCACAAGUGGAUCUGAGAUGCACGAAGCUGCCUUCGGUUACUUCAUCACAGCCUGCGCAGUGAUCUUCCUGUCAGUGCUGUCCUACAUCCUGCUGCCCAGACUGGAGUUCUUCCAGUUUUAUCAAGACAGAAACAAGGACCAGACGAUCCCAGAUGAGGAGCAGAACUCAGUGAGUCUGGUGAGCAGAGAGGAUAAAGACGCGAACCCUGAUUGGAAGAAACACGACGUCUCCAUGAUAGAAAUCUUUAAGAAGAUCUGGACUCUGGCGCUGUCGGUCUGCUUCACCUUCACCGUCACCAUCGGCACGUUUCCCGCCAUUGCGGCCGACACUCGGUCCACCCUCGCUGACAGCAGCUGGGACCUCUACUUCAUCCCAGUCAGCUGUUUCCUGCUCUUCAACCUGUGCGACUGGGGCGGGCGGAGCUUAACAGCCGUCUGUAUGUGGCCAGGAAAAGACAGCAGGAUCCUUCCAGCGCUCAUCUUGUGCCGUGUGGUCCUCGUGCCGCUCUUCAUGAUGUGCAACGUCCAGCCUCGUCUCCACCUGCCCGUCUUCUUCUACCACGAUGGAUUCUUCAUCGUCUUCAUGAUCCUCUUCGCCUUCAGUAACGGAUACCUGGCCAGUCUCUGCAUGUGCUACGGCCCCAAGAACGUUCUUCCUCACGAGGCGGAAACAGCCGGAGCCAUCAUGGCUUUCUUCCUGUCUCUGGGUCUGGCUUUAGGAGCUGCUCUGUCUUUCCUCCUCAGAGCACUGGUCUAACUGGGAAGGUCAGUUUGAGACUGGCCUCGCUGGGAAAACUCCUGUUUCUACUGGUCUGACUGGAAAACUGAGACUAUGUGCAGGACUGUCUGAAAAACAAACACAUUAUUCAUCUCUGCUCAAAGUGGGAAAUGUUGUCUUUGCGACUGGAAUCACGAUGGUUGUUACUGGUCUGACUGGGAGAAAAUCCUUCACAGCAAUGUUUACUGGUAGACGUACCAGCAGUCAGACCUCCAGAGAAUGAACCAUCACUGCAUCACGAACCCUAAACUCUGCCAGAAAGGUUUGUACAGCAAAUAAUUGCAUUAUUUUUAUUUUGUGCUGAUGGUGGCAGUACAGGGAACCAAACUAGCUGCAGUGAACAUUAACUGGUAAAUCCUGACAUGUUGUGUAUUUAUAGACUCGUAUGGACAGAGAACAGAGUAUCAGCACCUGUCACAGCAAUACAAACUGAUCCAACAACUUGCUGAGGUUUUACCCUCAAGUAGCAACAAACGGCUGCUUCUGUGAUCAUGGUUAGGGUUAGCGUUAGCGUUAGGGUUAGGGUGAGAGUUAGCAUUAGGGUUAGGGUUAGCAUUAGCAUUAGGGUUGGGGUGAGAGUUAGUAUUAGGGUUAGGGUUAGCAUUAGCAUUAGGGUUAAGGUGAGAGUUAGCAUUGGGGUUAGGGUUAGGGUGAGAGUUAGCAUCAGGGUUAGCAUUAGGGUCAGGGUGAGAGUUAGCAUUAGGGUUAGGGUUAGCGUUUGCAUUAGGGUUAGCGUUAGAGUUAGCAUUCGUGUUAGGUUAGCAUUAGCCUUAGCAUUAGUGUUAGUGUUAGCAUUCAUGUUAGGUUAGCGUUAGCAUGAGCGUUAGCAUUAGUGUUAGGGUUAGCGUUAGGGUAAUCAUAGCAUAUCAUCACAUGUAAAGAGGAAUAUUCAGUCAGAACCUUCAAUGUUUCUUGAGUCUGAUGCAUUUAAAUGUCAGAUUUUGUUUUUUGUUUCACGUCUGAGAAGAAAAACAAAACACAAACUCAUCCAACUGUGUGAAACAUUUAGCCUUCAAUCAUAUCGCAGCUUUAUUGCUGUUUCUAAUAUUUAACAUGAGACUUCAGCAGAAAAUCUUAAUUUGGUUAGCGUUAGGGUUAGCAUUAGCAUUAGGUAUUAUUGUAUUAUUAUGAGUCACUGCAUGUCUGUGGAAACAUCCAACAUGUGGAACUGUAUUUCCUCCUAGAAAACUGACAUGUUGUUUUCAGCUGUAAAUACUCGUUUGCUGUCAGACUUUUCUCACCUGCUUUACUCAGGUGUUUUCUGUAAUAAACACUGAGCUAUAAUAUCACUGUGUGAACAUC